UCCUCGUGCUUUCAUCUGUUUCCGGUCUGUGAUCCUUACUGUUCCUCUAGUUUUAUUAGUGUUUCAUUAAACUUUAUUCAAACUCUUAGAACACAACAACAGUCUCCAGGAUGAAUGCGCUGCUGCGGCGGGUCGGAACCGGAACCUGGAGAGGUUUCCACAUGACAGCUCCUACGAUGACCUUUGACCUGAGGAAGGUUGACUUAACGUCUCUUGAACAACGUAAACUAACGUUUGAUUCUCACUCGAUGGUGACGGAGCUGCAGAGCAGCGGUUUUGAGAAGCCUCAGGCGGAGCUCAUCGUUUCAGCUCUGGUUACCUUGACGACCGCGAACAUGGACAUCGUUUACAAAGACAUGGUGACCAAAUCCCACCAGGAAAUCGCUCUGCAGCAGAUCAUGGCUCACCUGGACUCCAUCAGGAAGGACAUGGUGAUCCUGGAGAAGAGCGACUUCGCCAACCUCCGAUCUGAGAACACGAAGAUGAAACGAGAGUUGGAGCAGAUUCAAAACAGACUGAAGGAGGAGAGUCUGAAAGUCAGAGCUGAAACCAAACUGGACAUCAGCCUGCAGAGCAGCAGGAUCUCUGACGUGUUCAGUGAACAGGAGAAGAAGCUGAUGGAGACCAGUUCAGAGUUCCAUCACAAGAAAGCCGACCUGGAGAACGACAACAUGGAGAUCAACAGGAAGAUCGACCUGCAGGUGGCGUCGCUCAAGACCGUCCUGGAGUCUCUGAAGCUGGAGACGAUCCGCUACCUGGCAGCGACCAUGUUUUCCUGCUUCGCCAUCGCUCUGGGAGUUUACCGGCUGUGGAGGUGAAACACAGCCGGGACUCGUUUAACUCGUCUUCCUCCGCCACACAAAGUAGUUCCGGUGGACUCAGCUGCUGCUAUGAAAUGUCACAGUUUAAAGUUUAAAGUCAGAUGUUACUUUAGUACAGAAGUACUCUCAGUUAAAGGAAAGUACGCAGAAGAGUGUACUGGUACUAUAAAGUACCAAAGCACAUUUACUCAAGUAGAGUAUAUAAGAACAGUGUUGAGGUACUUCUACUUAGUAUCUUCAUUUAAUGCUACUAGAUAUUCUACAUCACUACAUUUCAUUUACUUAAGUAAAUGUACAACAAUUUAAAAAUACUCCAUCACAAGUAAACGUCCUGUAUUCAAAAUACUACUUCAGUAUAUAAGUACUGAAGUAUUAUCAGCUUCCAAUACUUUGAAUGAUUUUAAAUGCAGUACUUUUGCUCGUACAGAGUACUUUUUAAUUGUCGUAUUACUACCGGAUCAGAGUACUAAACGCUGAAAUACUUCCCUCUGAAAUAAAGUGGACUAGAAAUAUAAGUACAAGUACCUCAAAGAUGUAUUUAAAACUAUGUGCAUGAAGUAGUGAAGAUAUUUUAGGUGAAAACAUAUUUAACAGAACAAUCAGAAUAUUUAAUAAACCUGUUUAUUAUAAUAAAUAUAAUAUAAUACAUAUAUUAAAACUCUUAUUUGAUAAUAUUGUGUUGAAUUUGAAGGUUUGAUUGUUUCAAAUGUAAAAACAUUCAAUGUGUUGUACUGAAAACAAAUACAAGAUUUUAAAUAAAAAGAAAUAAACUACACGUUUCUAUAAUUAUGUGACGAAAGCAGAGAAAUUAAGGAUUCACUGCUGAGAGGAAGACAUGUUGUAUUUUGUC